AUGCAUGUACUGUACAGGAGCUCUUGGAAGCGCGCGAGGUGUUCCUGCGUCGUGUGGUCAAGCGUUUCGACGUCGACGACCUUUGGAUCAUCGUCGACAUCCCAGCCGCUCAGCACGCGCGCUACCUUCCGGUCCUCUUGCGGCGUGUUGAACACGUACGCAAAGGCCUUGUUAACCUUGCUCAUUUCCCAGGCACCCCUGUCGAAGAUCCACUGCGCCGCCAGCUUCUUGUCCGCGUUCGCGUGCCGCGCACCUCCCCUUCGGAAUGAGUGCGGCGUCAAGUCGCCGAUAGCACCUGACGGGUCGGCGACGCGGUUCAAAAAGCGGUUGACAGGUCCACAAGAGGCGCUCCUCGCAUCCAGCUCUUGGACCUUGUGCGACACGAGCUCGGGGAGCUGGCUCAGGAGAGAGCCGCACGGCGCGUCUUGCGUAGCCAGAGCGACAGCCAACGCGCGGAGGGGACAGGUAAGGAAGUCGGCUUUGUCGGGGACGAGCGUGAGACCUUGCUCCUCAGCGGUCUUUACGCGAAGCAGGCGCAGGUAG